UAAUACUACGCUAGAUAUUCAUAUCAGUGGUUGAUUCCACAAUGGGAGACAAAGCGAGUUGCACAAAACAUUUGACUGCCGAAAGUUGUGUGCGAUUGAACAGGAGGUGAAUUUUCGUGAUAAUUGCAAAAAUUACCGAAAUUCUUGAUAAUAAGAAUGAUUUCAAUAUGACGGCCAAGCUAGACGAAGCAGUACAAACGCAAACGAGUAGCACAGAGAGUGACGUUACAUGUAUAACGCCCGGCGUUUACAUUCCAAGAUCAAGAAACAGGUAUUUCACCCACUGCCACCGCGACUCGUACAGGACUAAAUGCGCCCGAGCUGUAUUGAAGAAUGGAGAAAUUAACGUCGAGAAAUUCCUCAAUCACAAAAUUAGAUUCUUCACCAACUGGUUCAUGUCAAUGGUCGAAGGAAGAUGGAGGUGGACCCUCUUGAACUUCUUCCUAGCAUUUACUGGGAACUGGCUGACUUUUGGUUUUAUAUACUGGUGUAUAGCCAUGAGUCAUGGAGAUUUGACUGAAGAUCAUCUACCCCAUAAUCAAAACGAGUCUAAUUGGACUCCGUGCAUCGAAAACAUCUACGGAUUCACGUCUACCUUCCUGUUCAGUGUCGAAGUCCACACAACUGUAGCCUAUGGCAAAAGGUCGAUCACACUAGACUGUCCUGAUGCCAUUUCCGCAAUGUGCCUACAAUGUAUCAUCAGUUCUAUAUUCCAGGCCUUUAUGGUCGGGAUCCUCUUCGCUAAAUUAACCAGGCCUAAAGCCAGAACGCAAACUAUACUAUUCAGCAGACACGCGAUAGUCAGUUUACGAGAUGACAGACUCUGCAUGAUAUUCCGAGUGGGGGAUAUGAGGAAAUCCAGGAUAUUAAACAUCAAAGCGUCUAUGUACCUCAUUAGAUUGAACACAGACUUCCAUUACUUGGAGAGUAAUGAGCAAAUUGAGCUGAAGACGUACAUGGAUAGCUGUGAGUCCAGCUUCUUCUUAUGGCCUGUGUCCGUUAUCCACGUUAUAGAUGAAUGCAGUCCGCUAUACGAAAUGUCUGCAGCAGAUCUACUUUGUGGACAUUUGGAGAUAAUAGCAGUUUUUGAAGGAAUAAUCGAAUCGACAGGACAACCAGUCCAAGCCAGAUCGAGUUACAGCGAAUGUGACAUUAUUUGGGGCCAUAGAUUUGCCCCUAUGGUCAGUUACGACGAAGACAGGACAAUGUAUGCUGUAGACUUCGCGAAAUUGAGUGAAACUGAGCAAGUGGAUACACCGUUGUGUUCGGCCAAGGAAUAUGACGAAAUUCUGACAGUUGUGAACUCUGUAGCCUUAAGUGAUGACUGUUCUUUGGAAAAUCAAGAUGCAAUAAGGUGACCUAAACCAAAAUUAGUGCUACUAAAGUUCCGGAUUGUAAUUUCAAUGUUUCGAUAGAGAAGCCACAAGUUGUGGAUAGUAAUUUUAAUCGUUUAGAUAAAGGAGUCAGUGCAAAAUAUCAGCCAUAAGACUUUGUCAAUGUUGUAUGAUAAAAUAAUGAAACUGAGUCACAAAUA